AUGAAGCUUUCCUCGCUUUUUCUUGGCCUUUCGGCGAUUGUGGAAGCCCACGAUGAAGAGUACCACCCGUCUAUUCGAAAGAAGGGAGAGAAAAUCGAGGUCACGUGGCCGGUGGAAGAAGAAAAGGAAGGCUAUUGGAGAGAUGUUGGCAAAGAGAGGUUGAGGAAAAUGCAGCAAAAACCGGAAAUCAAGGGAAAGGCUAAGAAUGCAAUUUUGUUCAUUGGUGACGGAAUGGGAGUUCCAUCAGUGACAGCUGGGAGGAUCCUGGCUGGUGGAGAGGGUCAUGUUUCCAGCAUGGAAAGUCUUGAUUACACAGGGCUCGUGAAGACUUACAAUGUUGACUAUCAGACUCCUGAUUCUGCUGGUACGGCUACUGCCUAUUUGACCGGAGUCAAAGGAAAUUACGGCACGGUCGGAAUAACGGCUGCCGGUCGGAGAGGAGACUGCCAAAGCCAACUCGGAAACGAAGUACAGUCAGUUCUGGAAAAAGCAAAAGCCGCCGGGAAAUCUGUCGGUUUCGUCACUACGACUUAUGUGAACCACGCUUCUCCUUCAGGUGUCUUUGGCAAAUCCGCCGAAAGGACAUGGUAUUCGGACAAGCGGAUGAAACAAGAUCCAAAUGUCAGCGACAAAGAUAUGGAAGAUUGCAAGGACCUUGCUCUCCAGCUUUUUGAGCACGACGAUAUUGAUGUGAUCAUGGGAGGAGGGCGCGAGUUCUUUGUCGACAGAUUGGAUGGACGCAAUUUGAUUCAGGAAUGGAAAGAUGAUGGCAACGUGACCCUGGUGGAAACUGAAUCAGAAUUACGAAAAGCGAUGGACAAUUUGACUCUUGAGCAGCGUCUUAUCGGCAUUUAUGCUGAUCGACAUCUGGAAUAUGAAUACGUUCGAGAGAAAUUUGCGCCGGAGGAACCACAGUUACGACUCAUGGCAGAAGCGGCCAUCAAAAAAUUGUCCCUGAAUCCGAAUGGAUUUUACCUUUUUGUCGAAGGUGGAAAAAUUGACUUGGCGCAUCAUGAUACUAUGCCUGUUAAUGACGGGUCCCUUUAUGACUGGAAAGAAUUCGAUACGAUGAUCGGCAACUCACUUGAGAUGGUUAAUUUGAAUGAAACUAUCGUUAUGGUUUCUGCUGACCACUCACAUACUUUCUCCAUUGGCGCUUAUGGAAAACGAGGAGAGAACAUCUUCGGCCCUGGAAGUCAAACUUCACCUGACGGAGAAAAUGUCAUGAUUCUUGGAUAUGCAAAUGGACCGGGAUACAAUAUUCACGAGAAAACUGAUCAGUACGGAAACGUCACGUGCGGACGAAGAUUGCCGAGCGAGUACAGUGACGAAUGGGAUACAGACAAGCCGUUUGCUGAUUUGCUCGCUCCAACUGCCGUCAGAACUUAUUCCGACGAAAGCUGGGAUCCGUCAGGAGAAUACAUUGAAACCCACGGGGCAGAGGACGUUCCAGUCUACGCCCAGGGUCCUUGGGCACACCUGAUGACGGGCACACACGAGCAAGUUAUGGUUGCUCACGUGAUGGAAUUCGCCCUGUGCAUUGGCGACUACGCCGAAGAACCUCACUGUAACGAAGCAGAAACUGAAAAGGAUGAAGACGGAUCAGCAAGUGGAAAAAUACUGUCAUCUAUGAUUAUUAUGUUUCUCGGGCUUUUAUUCAUGAACUGA